AUGCAAAACACUACUUCAGAUUACGAUGGCGAUUUUGUGUUUGACGAUCAACCAGCAAUUUUGACCAACAAAGUAAUUCGUGAAUCAAAAAAAUUUAGCGAUUUUUUCAUUCACGAUUUUUGGGGACAACCAAUACGAUUACCGCAAAGUCAUAAAUCGUUUCGACCAUUAACAACAAUUACUUUUGCGUUUAAUUAUGCGUUAUUUGGUUUGUCGUCAAUCUCUUAUCAUGUGGUUAAUAUAGCCUUACAUAGCCUGGUAACAUUACUGGUGUUUUGGUGGUCAAAAAAAGUUUUGUUGCUGUUAGAUGAUGUCACCCGAAUCGAUGUACCGUUCUUAUGUGCAACAAUGUUUGCAAUACAUCCAAUUCAUACAGAGGCAAAACUUUUUUGGAAUAGAUGUGGUUUUCGUCUGAGCCUUUUAACACUCUCUGUGAUUUGUUUAAUAACUGUUCGUUUGUUUAUCAAUGGCUUUCAUGCACCAUCAUUCUCAAACCUCGAUAAUCCAACAGCGUUUCAUCCUAUACCAUCUAUCAGAGUUGGUUUUUACUGUUCACUGUCACCCAAUUUUAGACUUUAUAUAACAGUUGCUUGCACUAUUACUUUGUGCACACUGUUAGUUUGGGCAGUAAAAAAUUUAAAAUUCAGAUUAGAACUCUUUGCCAUCUCAAUAACAGCAGUAUCUUUUCUCCCUGCCAGUAGUAUACUGCUCACUGUUGGGUUUGUAGUCGCAGAACGUGUUUUAUACCUUCCAUCUCUUGGUUUUUGCCUAUUUUCAUCUCUACUGUACCAUCGACUUUUGAAGAACAAAAAAUAUGAAGACCUAAUGCACCUUCUAGCUAUGGUUGUACUGGCACUUGCAGUUGUAAAAUGCAUGAAAAGAUCUUCGGAAUGGCGUACCGAAUUUACGUUGUAUAGCAGUGGACUUGAGGUAUGCCCGAAUAAUGCAAAAAUUUACUAUAACCUUGGCAAAUUGUUUGCUAAUUCUCGAGACUGGGAUGCAGCUAAAAUCAAUUAUCAAAAUGCAGUAAAGUUAGAACCGAAUUAUUCGUUUGCGCUUAACAAUUUGGCUAAUGUAAAUUUACAAGAACGAAAGUUUAAGACAGCUGAAGGUCUGCUAAAGAAAUGUUUAAAGUUAGAACCAAAAUUCUCAACAGCUUGGAUGAAUUUGGGAAUCGCAUAUAUGGGACAGAAACAAUUCACGAAAGCCGAAAGUAGUUUUGCAAAAGCGCUAAAAAUACGGCCAUACUAUGCAGACUGUCUGUACAAUGUUGGGAAUCUAUAUUUGCAACAAGGUCGAAAACUUGAAGCUCUGAGCGCUUGGAAAAAUGUUACACGAUUAAACCAAAAACACAAACAUGCUUGGAUAAAUUUAUUGAUAUUGUUGGAUGAACUGGGCGACUGCAAUAAGGUAAUUGAUUUGGCCGACAAUGUAUUAGCCGUAUUACCGCAUAGUGCUCCAGUUCAUUCUCAAAUUGGGACCUGUUACGGAAAACUGGGAUUUUUUUUAAAAGCUCAACAGCAUCUGUUGAAGGCGGUAAAGUUGCAACCGCAACAGCAAAUACAUUUAAGCAAUUUAGGUAUGCUAAUGAAUGCUCUUUCUUCCUUUUUCUUGGUCUAA